UUAAAUCACAUAUCAGACAGAGAAAUGUGUAGGACAGUUGUAAAAUGAAUAAUACUGAACAAAUAUGCAACAGCCAUUCCUUUGUGGCCACACUGUAAAUAGUUUUGUUGCGCUUGAUCAGCUAGAGAUGGACUUAGAUCAACACUACACCUUCAAAAUAACCACCAUUUAUUGGUUAUAAGAGCAACAGAAACUAGCAGUGACAUGUUCUGACUGCACAGUUAUGUGAAAGAUGUUGCAGGCAGGCUGCAUUCCACUGGCACAGGUCAUGUACUAUUCUUACUGUAAUUAUUGUGGCUGCCAGGGGACACCACUGUGUCUCCACUGGAAAUUUCUGUUCCUUUGGUUGUUUGUGUGUGUGGUGCACAAACACUGUUGGCUGCGCCUCAGAGAGAAAAGAGGGUGUGUUUGGUUAUCAAACCUGUCUCAUCUUGUAAGAUCGGCAUCUUGGCUGUGUCGAUUGUAACCAUAAUUCUUGGUCUCGGACUUGGUCUUGGACUUGACUUGCAGAAAUGCCAAAACAAAGAUAUCGGUGCUACGAGCCCUAUGACAGCGAGAUCCCCGGCUGCAGAUGUGACGAGAACUGUAUUACCAGUAACAGCUGCUGCUACGACUACCAUGCCAUCUGCACCACCCCAACUGAGCAGUGGGGAUGCACAAAGCUACGCUGUGGAGAGAAGAGGCUGACGCAGAGCAAAUGCCACUGCUCCGAUGACUGUGUCGCUGCAGGAGACUGCUGCACAAACUACAAACAUGUGUGCCACGGAGAGAGACAGUGGGUGGAGGAGGAGUGUGAGGACCUGUCAGCCCCCACAUGUCCAGCAAGCUUUAAGCAGCAGCCGCUGCUCCUCAUCUCUCUGGACGGACUGAGAGCUGAGUACCUGCAGACGUGGAGCACUCUUGUCCCUGUGCUGAACAAACUGAAGAAGUGUGGAACCUCAGCUCCGUACAUGCAGGCAGCAUUUCCCAGCAAGACUUUCCCCAAUCACUACACUAUUGUUACGGGUCUCUAUCCAGAGUCCAAUGGUUUGAUUGACAACACUAUGUAUGACCCAGUGUUUGACACCACCUUCAGUCUGUCCAGUCCAGAGAAAGAGAACCCUGACUGGUACCUUGGUCAGCCUGUCUGGCACACAGCAAAGUACCAGGGACUGAAGUCUGGCACCUUUUUCUGGCCAGGAUCAGAUGUCAAAAUCAACGGUAGUUUUCCCAACAUCUUUAAACAUUACAACGGUACAGUGCCAUUUGAAGAAAGAGUAUUCACUGUGUUGAAGUGGCUGCAGCUGACUGAUAAAGAAAGGCCGGAUUUCUACACUUUGUAUCUGGAGGAGCCUGAUAAAUCUGGACACAGUUUCGGUCCUGUCAGCGGGGGAGUGAUUGAAGCGCUCCAGGGCGUGGAUAAAAUCAUCGGUCAGCUCAUGAAUGGCCUCAAGCAGAUCAACCUGCAUCGCUGCCUCAACAUCAUCAUUGUGGCCGAUCAUGGUAUGGAAGACAUAAGCUGCGACAGGAAAGAGGUGCUGCAGGAGCUGGUGGGUGACGUCAGCAGCUACUUUGUGACUGAGGGACCGUUCGGACGCAUCAGAGGCAAAAGCAAAGACACAGUCUGGGACUCAGCUGGACUUGUCGCUAACAUGACCUGUAAGAAGCCAGACCAAAAGAUCAAACCGUACCUGAAGGCCAACCUACCAAAACGCCUCCAUUUCACCAACAGCCGACGUAUCGAAGAUGUCAGUGUCCUGGUCGAACCAAAAUGGCUGUUUGAGAGAUAUCUCGGAUCUCUCAAAUUCUGCUCUGGUGGGAAUCAUGGCUAUGAUAAUGAUGUUGAGAGCAUGCAUGCCAUGUUUCUGAGUUAUGGACCUAAGUUUCAAGACAGAAGAGAAAUUGAACCCUUCGCCAAUAUUGAGCUGUACAACCUCAUGUGUGAUGUGCUGCAAAUUUCACCCAGUGACAACAACGGGACCCACGGCAGCAUGAACCAUGUCCUGAGGCAGCCCUACUACACCCCAGCACCCCCUGCAGAGCAGAGUGGGCCUGCCCAGUGUAAGCUGGUCAGCCUCGACCCUGAAGACACCCUGGGAUGCUCCUGUGCGGCCCUGAGUGAAAAUGCCAUCAACAGGCGUCUGAACCUGAGCGCAGAAGAAGAGGCUGCUGCAGAGAAGAAGCACCUGCCGUUUGGCCGUCCCCGGAUGCUGCAGCCUGGCCAGCCUUACUGCAUCCUCUACCAGGAGGGAUUCAUCAGCGCCUAUAGCCACAGAGCUCUGAUGCCCCUGUGGAGCUCCUUCACCAUCGACAAGCCAAUAAACUUGGAGCCAUUGCCACCGGUGAAGGCAGACUGUUUAAGGGCUGAUGUCAGAGUCCCAGCAUCCCAGAGUCCCAGAUGUGACCAGUAUGAUACAGCUGGGAAGCUGACAACCUCCUUCCUCUACCCACCCAAUCUGAAUGCGACAGAGGAGCAGCAGUACGAUGCUCUACUGAUGAGUAAUGUGGUGCCAAUGUACCCCGAGUUUAAGAAGGUGUGGGACUACUUCCACAGCAGCCUGUUGACGAAAUAUGCCUCUGUCUACAACAGCAUCAACGUGGUGACGGGCCCUGUCUUUGAUUACAACUACGAUGGCCGGUACGACACUCGGGAGCAGAUCCAGCAGUUCAUGUCUGGGACAAACAUCUCCAUCCCCACACAUUACUUUGCAGUUCUGACCAGCUGCAGGGACUCAGCCCAGCCGGUGACUACCUGCAGUGGUGAGCUACAGACUGUGUCCUUCCUGCUGCCUCACAGACCCGACAACUCAGAAAGCUGCCAAAGCACAGAAGCUGAGUCUCGCUGGGUAGAAGACCACAUGUGGUUUCACCAAGCACGAGUCCGAGAUGUUGAGUGGAUCACAGGACUGGACUUUUACCAGGGCAGCAUUCGACCAACUCCAGAGCUGCUGAGGAUGAAGAGCCGCCCCACUGCCGCCAUCCAUAGGAAACACUGAAGGAUACAUGUCCUCAAAACGUACAGUAUGUACAGCUUUGGGAAAAAGCGACCAUCGAGACUGAUAUUCAGUGUUUGUAAGAUGCUUCAUAGUUAGUCUCAGAUUGCGUCACUUUGUCAGCUCUGGACUCCAUCAUCCAACAGCCUGACACGGUUUAUUUAUUCACUCUUUAUUUUAUAAUCACAUCAUUUUAUUUUUAUGUUAUUUAAUCUUAUAUUCCUCUGGUCAUAAUUAUUUUUUUAUCUUCGUGUGUACGCCUGAUCAAACAGAGAAAUGAGCUUCGUCUUCCAGUUUCCUGACUCUGCUCAGCUUCAAAUACUUGAUCAUCACAAUUUUUCAGUUUAGGAAAAUACUGCCCAUAUUUUUUAACAAUUUUUGUCUUUAUUAUUGUGCCAAGAAUUAUAAAAUAAAGUCAUCACUAAAUUCAAGAAAUUUUGCUAUUUAAUUCUUCUCAAGUAUAUUUUCCCACAGCUCUGAUGAGCAGCUGUGAAGUUCCAUUGUUUUGGUAGCGGCAGACAAAAAAACCAAACUAUGUACACAGCCGGGCACCACUAGCACUCAGUCAGAAUAUGUUUUAGUUAUUUUGGUGAGGAGCACCACUUGCUGCAGACUAUUGUUUCAGCUUCAUGACUGCAGCAGACUGUUGGGACCUGAGUCGUCUUCUCAGUGAAGCAACUGGAACCCGGGCUCCCUUUAACACCUGGCCAGGUGUUUGCACUAAUAGGCCGAGAACCAUGCAGUUUGCAGACCUGCUCAGAGACAGCCUCUCUGAAUGUGAGAAUCUCUGCAAGCACAUAUUAG